CUCUGUGAUGAGUUUUUCAAAGGUCAGAGCCGAUUGAACCUUUGUGGUUUCAUUUUCCCUGAUUUUGAUUUUUCUUAUGGGGAACCUGUGUAGCUGCAUUCAAGGUGACUCGAAGAAGCCUUCCAAAAAGCGUGUGAAAAGGGAGCCCUACUCUACUACCAAGGUGACUUCAGGGAGCACAUUCAAUGAGAAUACAAGAAGAUAUGCUGUGCACACCAACCAGUGUCGGAGACCUCAUGGCUCCCCGGUAAAGAAGAAGAGGUACCCACAAGAAGAUGACUUCCAUCAUACAGUCUUCAGCAACCUUGAAAGAUUGGACAAGCUUCAGCCCACUCUUGAAGCCUCUGAGGAGUCUCUAGUUCACAAGGACAGAGGAGAUGGAGAGAGGCCAGUCAACGCGAGGGUGGUGCAGGUGGCCCCUCUGAGGCGUGAAUCUACUCCCCAUGAGGACACCGUACACAACAUCACUAACGAGGACGCCUCACACGAUAUCACUAACGAGGACGCCAUACACGACGUCGCUAACGAGGACGCUGUCCACGGCAUCGCUAAUGAGGCCACCGACAAGGGCAUCGCCAACGAGGACACCGCCCAGGGCAUCGCCAACGUGGUCGCCGUCCACGGCAUCGCCAACGAGGAUGCCGCCCAGGGCAUCGCCAACGAGGAUGCCGUCCACGGCAUUGCUAACGAGGAUGCCGUGCACGGCAUCACUAAUGAGGACUCCGUAUACGACAUCGCUAAUGAUGCCAUAUAUGACAUCGCUAAUGACACCGUACAAGGCACGCUAACGAGGACGCUGUACACGACAUCGCUAAUGAGGACACCAUACAAGGCAUUGGUAAUGAGGACGCUGUAUAUGACAUCGCUAACAAGGACACCGUACAAGCCAUCGCUAACAAGGACACUGUACACAACAUCGCUAAUGAGGGCACUGUACAAGACAUCACCAAUGAGGGUGCUUUAUACGACAUGGCUAAUAAUACCGACAAGGCACGCUAACGCGGAUGCUGUACACGACAUCGCUAAUGAGGACUCCGUAUACGACAUCGCUAAUGAAGAUGCCGUAUAUGACAUCGCUAAUGACACCGUACAAGGCACGCUAACGAGGACGCUGUACACGACAUCGCUAAUGAGGACACCAUACAAGGCAUUGGUAAUGAGGACGCUGUAUAUGACAUCGCUAACAAGGACACCGUACAAGCCAUCGCUAACAAGGACACUGUACACAACAUCGCUAAUGAGGGCACUGUACAAGACAUCACCAAUGAGGGUGCUUUAUACGACAUGGCUAAUAAUACCGACAAGGCACGCUAACGCGGAUGCUGUACACGACAUCGCUAAUGAGGACUCCGUAUACGACAUCGCUAAUGAAGAUGCCGUAUAUGACAUCGCUAAUGACACCGUACAAGGCACGCUAACGAGGACGCUGUACACGACAUCGCUAAUGAGGACACCAUACAAGGCAUUGGUAAUGAGGACGCUGUAUAUGACAUCGCUAACAAGGACACCGUACAAGCCAUCGCUAACAAGGACACUGUACACAACAUCGCUAAUGAGGGCACUGUACAAGACAUCACCAAUGAGGGUGCUUUAUACGACAUGGCUAAUAAUACCGACAAGGCACGCUAACGCGGAUGCUGUACACGACAUCGCUAAUGAGGACUCCGUAUACGACAUCGCUAAUGAAGAUGCCGUAUAUGACAUCGCUAAUGACACCGUACAAGGCACGCUAACGAGGACGCUGUACACGACAUCGCUAAUGAGGACACCAUACAAGGCAUCGGUAAUGAGGACGCUGUAUACGACAUCGCUAACGAAGACAUCGUACAAGCCGUCGCUAACAAGGACACUGUACACAACAUUGCUAAUGAGGGCACUGUACAAGACAUCACCAAUGAGGGCGCUUUAUACGACAUUGCUAAUGACACCAACAAGGCACGCUAACUCGGACUCUGUACACGACAUCGCUAAUGAGGACACCAUAUAAGACAUCGCUAGUAACUAUCACAAGAACAAAAAACCAAACACCGCAUAUUCUCACUCAUAGGUGGGAAUUGAACAAUGAGAUCACAUGGACACAGGAAGGGGAAUAUCACACUCUGGGGACUGUUGUGGGGUGGGGGGAGGGGGGAGGGAUAGCAUCGGGAGAUAUACCUAAUGCUAGAUGACGAGUUAGUGGGUGCAGCGCACCAGCAUGGCACAUGUAUACAUAUGUAACUAACCUGCACAAUGUGCACAUGUACCCUAAAACUUAAAGUAUAAAAAAAAAAAAGAUCGCUAGUGAGCACGCUGUAUACGACAUCGCUAAUGAGGACGCUAUAUAUGACAUCGCUGAUGAGGACGUUGUAUACGACAUCACUAAUGAGGACACCAUACAAGGCAUCGCUAAAGAUGACGCUGUACACAACAUCGCUAAUGAGGACACCAUAUAAGACAUCGCUAAUUAUGACGCUGUAUACGACAUCGCUAAUGACACCGUACAAGGCACGCUAACGAGGAUGCUGUACACAACAUUGCUAAUGAGGACAGUGUACAAGCCAUCGCUAAUGAGGACACUGUAUAUGACAUCGCUAAUGAGGACACUGUACAAGGCAUUGCUAACGAGGACGCUGUACACAACAUCGCUAAUGAGGACACCAUAUAAGACAUCACCAAUGAGGAUGCUGUAUAUGACAUCGCUAAUGACACCGACAAGGCAUGCUAACGAGGACGCUGUAGAUGACAUUGCUUAUAAGGACACCGUACAAGACAUCGCUAACCAGGACACUGUAUACGACAUCGCUAAUGAGGACGUUGUAUAUGACAUCGCUAAUGAGGAUGCUUUACAAGACAUAGCUAAUGAGGUUGCUGUAUAUGACAUCGCUAAUGAGGACAUUGUAUAUGACAUCGCUAAUGAGGACGUUGUAUAUGACAUCGCUAAUGAGGAUGCUUUACAAGACAUAGCUAAUGAGGUUGCUGUAUAUGACAUCGCUAAUGAGGACAUUGUAUAUGACAUCGCUAAUGAGGACGCUCUAUACGACAUCACCAAUGAGGACGCUGUAUACAACCUCGCUAAUGAGGACGCUGUAUAUGGCAUCGCUAAUGAGGAUGCUGUAUACGAAUUCGCUAAUAAGGACGCUGUAUAUGACAUUGCUAAUGAGGACACUGUACAAGACAUCUGUAAAAAAGAAGAUGCUGCCAAUGUAAGACACUUUUCUUUGUCUUGAACAGAAAUGUUACUUUCCUGGCUUCUUUCCAAUCAGAUGUAGACAUGAACAUCUGCCAGUGUGCAUUAUCGAUGUCAUCUGCAGUUUAAUCAAAUGUAGACAUGAACGUCUGCCAAUGUGGACUAUUUAUGACAUCUGCAAUUCCCUUGGUGUGGUGCUAUUGAUUGGCAGCCUCUCACCAACCCAUGCCAGGCACACUGGGGUGUGGUAGAUGGCAGCAUCCACGAUCCACUGCAAUGCAGAGGUGUUUCCCUCCACAGCAGUUUUCCCCCAUGGAUUAAGAGUUGUGAAACUGCCAAUCUAGAUACACUUUAAAGAUAAAUUCUGUGGGAAAAGG